AAUGUUUUCCGCGGUUGUUACAAGAUUCGGCAACUCAUUGCUACGAAGUUAUCUGUUGGCGUUUUGUCGUGUUGUGAUUUCGUCCGUUUCAAUGGAGCAUACCAGUAUCAACUAUCCUGAGAUAUAUAAGGAUGAAUCUAGUAUAGAGGAAAAAUUUGGUGUUCAGAUUCAUGAUCCUUACAGAUGGCUGGAAGACCCGGAUUCUGUCCAGACAAAAGCUUUUGUAAAGGCACAAAAUCUGAUAACGGAACAGUUCCUGCGUAAGUGUCCAUACACUUCAAAAAUCAGAGAUAGAUUAACUGCUAUCUGGGACUACGAAAAAUACUCUUGUCCAUUGAAAUACGGCUCCUUUUACUACAUAUGGCAUAAUAGUGGUUUACAAAAUCAAAGUGUUCUUUACCAAAUGAAAAUGUUGUCAGGACCCACAAAAACGUUUUUAGAUCCUAACGAAAUUGAUCCAGAAGGCCUUACAUCUUUGAGAAACUACAGUUUUUCGGUGGAAGGAACUUACUGUUGUUAUGGUCUUAGUUUCGGUGGUUCUGAUUGGUGUGAACUUAAAUUUAAAACCUGCGAAUCGGGCGAAGAUCUGCCAGAUGUUUUGCAACAUGUCAAGUUCAGUUCAAUUUCGUGGACGAAGGAUGAGAGAGGUGUUUUUUACUGUAUGUACCCUCAACAUGAAGGUAAAGCAGAUGGUACUGAAACAACUACUAAUACUGAUCAGAAGCUCAUGUACCAUCGUCUGGGUACAUCACAGUCAGAUGAUAUCUUGUGCCUGGAACGACCGGAUCAGCCUACUUGGAAUAUUCAAGGAGAAGUGUCUGAUUGCGGGAGAUACUUACUGGUAACUUUGUAUGAUGGAUGUGAACCUAAUAACCAGCUUUUCUACUGUGAUCUCGAAAAUGUCGAUCUAAUUAUCAAAAAAAAACUUGACUUGAUCCCAAUCGUUGAUCGCUUUGAAGCUGUCUAUGAAUAUGUGACAAAUGAAGGUGAUUCAUUUGUAUUUCGCACCAACUUAGAUGCUCCGAUGUACAAGAUAAUCAAAAUCAGUCUUUCUAAUUGUGAUCGUCAACAUUGGGAAGAUCUUAUCCAUCACAAUGUGGAGUCACUCUUAGAAAGUGCAGUUUGUGUGAACGAGGAUAAAUUGAUCAUUUGUCAUCUAAAGGAUGUUAAGAGCUGCUUAUCCGUACACAAACUACUUACUGGGGAGAAGAUAUCGGAUAUUGAUAUUUCACUUGGGUAUGUCGCUAAUGUAACUGGACGCAAACCUGAUGAUGAAGCCUUCAUUCAUUUUACAUCGUUUCUCACUCCUGGAAUAAUUUACUCCUACGAUUUUUCCCACUCUCAUCCGAAGUUGGAGGUUAUCAGAGAGUCAAAGAUUCGGAAUGUAGACUUAGAUCAAUUUGAAGUGAAACAAGUAUUCUAUGAGAGUAAAGAUAAAACUGUAGUUCCUAUGUUUCUUGUUCUACCUAAAAAUUUCCAACAAAACAACUCGGCGCCGUGUCAACUUUACGGUUAUGGUGGAUUCAACAUAUCUGUGACUCCAUCGUUUUCGGUUGGACGAUUGUUUUUCCUGAUGCAUUUUGGUGGUGUAAUCGCAGUAGCCAACAUUCGUGGUGGAGGAGAAUAUGGAAAAUCUUGGCACGACGCUGGUCGACUGCAAAACAAACAAAACUCUUUCGAUGAUUUCCAAGCAGCAGCCGAAUACCUUCUUAAUCAUGGAUAUACUAACAACCAAAAGCGAGUUUCAUUUUUCUUCACUGUUUUUUUGUUUGUUUUUUUCACUUUCGCUUAUUAAUCAUAACGAAUUAAACAUAAACGUUAUAUUAGGUGUUUUAAUAAUAGGUCGGUGGUUGUUCAUAAACGCAAAUUUGCAUUUGGGUACAUCAAGUUCUUGUAAGGAAGUCAGAUGCGACAUCUGUUCUUAGACUUACGAGAAAUCAAGUCACUGACUGUUAUAUAAAAUGAUUCACAGGUUUUAUUCCAGAGACCAGUGAACGCAUCAAAGGACAGAGUUCGACUUUUAUGAUCAUAUUGUUUCCGCACUCAUCAGUCGCUUCUUAUAAUCAGCUUUAAACCUUGCUUUUUGUUCCUUAGUAAUUUGGAUAAAUAACACGUGAUUAUAGAUCUUUGCGGAUACAAUAAAGUUAGAAGUUGAGUUCGCUUUUAUCUGUUUUCUCGUGGAAAUUCUUUACGAGUAUUGAGUACGCUACAAAUAAAUAUUAACAGUAUGCAAAUAUUCGCCAGUGAACUUUUGAAAAACUUCCCGUUUGUUUGAUAACUUAGUUAAAGUCGUAGCUGUAAUUUCUUUUAAAAGGAAUGUGUUUCCCAUAUUCUGUACACAAUAUCGAUUUAUUUUGGUUUUAUGAAGUCCAUGUUUUGGUACUUACAAUACCGUCCAAAUCACAGUUUUAGUUGUUUAGUUUGUUUUUAUAGUCACCAAUUUUUUUUUCAAAAAACGACCAACUAAUCUUCAAACUUUUAGACUGUACAUUCAAGGAGGUAGUAAUGGUGGACUUCUAGUUUGUGCCUGUUGCAAUCAACGACCUGAUUUAUUUAAAGCUGCUAUUGCUCAAGUUCCAGUAUGCGACCUUAUUAGAUUCCACAAAUUUACCAUUGGACACGCGUGGAAAAGUGACUAUGGAGAUCCUGAUAAUAAAAAGGAUUUCUCAAACUUGAUGCGCAUUUCUCCACUCCAUAAUGUCAAUAUUCCAUCUAAUCCAGAUGUUCAAUAUCCAGCAUUAUUGAUUUUAACUGCAGAUCAUGAUGAUCGUGUUGUUCCGUUACACUCAUUUAAGUUUAUUGCUACUUUACAAGAAAAACUAUGCCACAACUGUCGCCAAACAAACCCUAUUCUGAUUCGAAUUGAGCAAAAGGCUGGACAUGGACAAGGCAAACCAACAUCAAAAUCAAUCAACGAGGUAGUAGAUAUAUACUCCUUCUUACAAACUGCAAUGUCACUCACAUGGAAGGAAUAAUAUGGAUUGUUAUUGCAAUUACUGAUCUUUGAAUUUUUGGCAUCUAAUAAUCUCGUUGCUGUUGUCAAUAUCUCUAGGUUAAUUUUACUAACUGCCCCCGAUUUGAUUUGUGUUAAGAUCGUCUGUGGUGCUUUGUUUAUUUAUUAACAUUUUUGGCUUUCAUAUCUAGUUCGUUUAACUAAACCGAACUUAUACAUUUGUUAUGACGUAAUAAAAAAUAUUUAAUGAUAUUACC